AUGGCUUCCUUCCUGGCAGAACGCUACCUAGCGGACAAGGCUCCCCCGAUCUGCAGGGUGGAGGUUGCAAAGGCUUUUGAUCAGUUGACGCCGAGAGAAAAGCUCUACGCUCAUUACAUCGGACAAGCUUGUUGGGCAGGAGGUCGUGUCGUUCAGGGUCAAUGGACGCCCCAAGCCCACACCCUCUACGACCUUCUCGUCCUCACCUUCAGCGCCAACGGAAAACUUGCCGACCUGGAGGCAUUGAAGCAACGAUCAGGUGUAAGCGAACAAGACUUUGAUGAUGCUCUCCAGUAUUCCGCUCAGGUCUUGCAUAACCUGGUUAAUUAUAAGAGCUUCGGCUUCACGAAGUUUGUCCCUCGCGUUCCCGUCGGCGAAUUUGCAAAAAUCAUAGCCGCGUCGACAAACGCAGCUAAUGCCGUGCCUCUGUGGGAGACGCUCAAGGACCAUAUAUAUUCUACGACCCCCGAGAGUUCGCUGUUCAUCGGCAAGCGCAGCGAGGGUCACAUCUCAAACUACUACUUGGGUGAAGUCAUCACUGACGAAGAGGUAUCAGUGGUUCAGGCUGCUGCGGAAAAGAUUGGCGUUGACGUUCUCAAUACCCGAACGGACCGGGGGACUUUACUCUUCUUGUCGCGUCUGCCAGCAAGCAACCUGCCAACCCUGCAUGAUGUCAGCAUAGCUUCUGGAGCGGGAAAGUUGACUAUUGAAUAUGGUGACUUCUCAGAACCGCUCUCCAAAGUUAUCACAGCGUUGCAAGAGGCAAAGAGAUACACUGCUAACGAAACCCAGACGAAAAUGUUGGAGUGCUACAUCAAAUCUUUUGAGACCGGCUCAAUCGAAGAGCACAAAAAGGGGUCUGCAUACUGGGUUAAGGAUCUAGGUCCUGUCGUCGAGAGCUAUAUCGGGUUCAUUGAGACCUACGUUGAUCCUUAUGGUGGACGUGCUGAGUGGGAAGGCUUCACUGCCAUCGUCAACAAGGAGAUGAGUGCCAAGUACGAUGUACUCGUCGACGACGCUCCCGAGCUUAUCAAGGUUCUCCCCUGGGGAAAGGACUUUGAAGUCGAUGUGUUCCGGAAGCCCGAUUUUACUGCACUAGAGAUCGUCCAGUUUGCUACGGGCGGUAUACCAGCCGGGAUUAAUAACUACUACAACAUACGAGAAUCGACCGGUUUCAAAAAUGUCUCUCUGGCGAAUAUCCUGAGCGCCAAAGCACCUAACGAGGUUGUGACCUUCAUCCACCCUGAUGAUCUUGAUCUGUAUAAUGCUUGGGAUGCGAGGGCAUUCGAACUGCAAGUUGCCAAUCAUGAGCUGCUGGGACAUGGUUCUGGGAAAUUGUUCCAGGAGGCUGCAGAUGGUACGAAGAACUUUGAUCCCGAAAAGGUCAUCAAUCCGCUCACUGGAAAACCCAUCGAGACGUGGUAUAAACCUGGUCAAACCCCAGAUUCGGUUCUCGGAGAGGUCUCCUCUUCCAUGGAAGAAUGUCGCGCUGAAGCUGUGGCAUUAUACCUUGCAAACCAUCCUACCAUUCUGAAAAUCUUUGGGUACACGGACAGGAAAGAAAUAGAGGAUAUCGUCUUCAUCACCUUUCUUCUCAUGGCACGCGCUGGUCUGCGUGGUCUCGAGUUCUAUGAUCCGGUCACCAAAAAGCAUGGUCAAGCUCAUAUGCAGGCUCGGUUAGGAAUCACAAAUUUCAUGCUGAAUGAGGGUUUGGUGCGCCUCGAAGAAGUUCGUGGAUCCAACGGCGAAUUGGAGAACGUCUACGUCAGGGUGGAUCGCGAAAAGGUUCUCAAAGAAGGACAAUCGAUCGCCGGAAAACUUCUGCUUGAACUACAAGUCCGCCGGAGUACAGCGGAUGGUCCAGGCGCGAGGAAAUUCUAUACCGAGUUGACGACGCCGUUACCGGGAUGGCUAGGAGAAAUCCGAAAUGUGGUGUUGAAGAUGAAGCAGCCGCGCAAGAUGAUGUUGCAACCGAAUACCUUUGUUGUCGAUGGUGAGGUGGUCCUGAAGGAAUACCCACUUACUGCGGGUGGUAUGAUCGAGAGUUUAAUCGAGAGAAACCUAUAA